UUCACAUCAGCAUCAGAAUCUCUCUCUUUCUCUCUCUCUCUCUCUCCUUCUUCACAAGCAAAAACACCAAACCCAAUUCUUCUUUCUUCAUUUUGCCGACACUUCUUUCUUCUCUCUCUCUCCACCGUCAUGGAUUCCUUCUAUGGCGUCACAAAGCUCCUUCUCCUCCUCCUCUUAGCCGUCUCCAUUGCUACCGCAUUACCCGAUAACAAACCCGUACCAGGUCAAAUAAACUCAAACUCAGUCCUCGUAGCUCUCCUCGACUCUCACUACACAGAGCUAGCGGAACUAGUCGAAAAAGCCCUCCUUCUCCAAACCCUCGAAGAAGCAGUUGGUAAACACAACAUCACAACCUUCGCACCACGCAACGAAGCCUUGGAACGGAACUUAGACCCACUCUUCAAAUCUUUCUUGCUCGAACCAAGAAAUCUCAAAUCGUUACAGUCUUUAUUAAUGUUCCACAUUCUCCCUAAACGAAUCACUUCUCCUCAAUGGCCUUCUCUCUCUCACCACCACCGUACUCUCUCCAACGACCAUCUCCACCUAACCGUCGACGUCAACACUUUAAAAGUCGACUCGGCAGAGCUCGUCCGUCCUGAUGACGUCAUCAGACCCGAUGGUAUCAUCCACGGUAUCGAACGUCUUCUCAUCCCUCGCUCUGUUCAAGAAGAUUUCAACCACCGUCGUAGUCUCCGUUCAAUCUCCGCCGUUAUACCAGAAGGAGCUCCUGAGGUUGACCCAAGAACCCACCGUCUCAAGAAACCAGCUCCAGCCGUCCCCGCCGGUUCUCCUCCUGUUCUUCCAAUCUACGACGCUAUGUCACCAGGUCCUUCCCUAGCUCCGGCUCCAGCUUCCGGACCCGGUGGUCCACGUGGACACUUCAACGGCGAGGCUCAAGUCAAAGAUUUCAUCCACACUCUCUUGCAUUACGGUGGCUACAACGAGAUGGCUGACAUACUCGUCAAUUUAACUUCUUUAGCCACAGAGAUGGGUCGUCUCGUGUCAGAAGGAUACGUUUUAACCGUUCUUGCUCCUAACGACGAAGCCAUGGCUAAUUUGACAGAGCCUUCACCGUGUCCGAAUUUGACAGAUCCAUCAGCUUCUUGAGCCAACACUUUAUGUGGGAAUCUCAAUGAGUCGUACUUCACUUUCCCAAAUCUCCGUACAGCGUUGUACAUGCUCUCUUCCGUUUGGUACUCAGGAUUUUGAAAACAGAUGAAGUCAACUUUUUUACAUGGGUCACUAGAUGGAGGAAAGAUGUGUUACUUACAAAGCAAUCGGGAGCUAUAUUUUGUGUAAUUGUGUCAUCACAGUUUGGUAUUAAUAUCUGAUGUAUAUUUAUUUUGUCAGUGCACUGUUUUUUCAACUACCUAAUUGAAAAUAUUUGUGCACCUUUUUCUUAUAACAAAAAAAAAAGCAUUCGAAUG